UCUUUUUAUUCACUAUUUAGCAAAGAAAACCCCAAUGGCAAGCAUCGUCAGAUAGUCUUCAUGUAAAAGAAAAUUCAAACAAAAAAUAAAUACUGUGAAAAAUGGGGACACAAAAGUAAAAAAAUCAUUUUGUGUGUCUGUAGACGUAGAGAAUCAAUCAAGAGUUGAAUAAUUUAAAGAGCAAAAAAAAAAAAGAAUCAAUACAAAAAGUGUCAAAAUAAAAAAAAAGAUUCUUUUGUCGCAAAGUCUCUGGAUGAACAGAAAUUUAGGCACGAAAGUCGCCGGAAAUGCAUUUUUGGAUCGAUAAAAGAUCACCCCAAGCUUGUAUUUAUAGCGGUAGAUCACGCGUAGCUGCUUCUUUAGGUACUAACGGCAACAAUUUCGGUCUAAGUCAACUAACGACAGGACGUCGCAUACCCCGAACAGCUACAAAAUCAAUGGUAACGCCGAUCCAUAGAUUUCCAACUGUUGAAUGCACUCGUCCUCAUCUCUAUCGGAAUCAAUCGCAUCCCUCAACUCAAAACUCUUCACAUAAUUUUAAUUUUAAUACCAGCGGAUCUUCACAUCACACGAACAAUAAUCAUCACUCGAACUCGUCUUCGUCGUCGACAAAUCAAUAUAACAUUCAUCGCGUUUACAACAACAACAAUACCAUACAAUCAAAUCCUGUCAUCGAAAACGCAACAGGUAGCAGCAAUACAGCAAUGAUUUCCGCAAUUACAUCUCGUCCAUCGCAUCAUGUGCAACUUCUGGCAGCGGGAAGUCGCAUUGGCGGAUCCGAAGAAUCACAACUUUUGCCGACACAUUUGAAGUUUGGAAUGUGGGCAUCUCUCGCACUUGCCACAAUUUUCGUAACAAGCGCCAAAUUUUACUUCGAUCAUCAAGGAACAGGUUUAGAAGUUUUGUUGUUCUGUGCAUUUUCGGCAACUUUCUUCCUUGCCGCUUGUACAGUUUCGAUAUGCAGGAGACCCGCACACAGUAGAGACCAAAGCACAGCACACACAAUUCAAACACAAACUGAUCAACUUUCUUCGGUAGAACCCAUUGUACAGAGUAAUUACGAUGCUAUUGCCGUCGCUCAAGUACAUCAUCAACAAGCGAUUGCUCCUCCUCCCCCAUAUCAUAUCGCCAUUCUACUUCCAGAUAACUCAAAGGAAGAACCUGAUGAGACUCCGCCUCCAGCAUACGAUAAAAUCAUAAUCUGAACUAAAAAUCGAAAAUAAAAUGGAAAAAGACUCUUCUAAAAAAAAUUUAAAAAAUUUUUCGUCUCUUAAGUUUUUAUAUGAAAACUCAUAAUAAUAUUAUCUAAGAUUUAAGCGUACUUGUGAUUGAUUGACAAAAUUAAACGAUAAAUUAGAUUCUAAUUGAUCGAAGGUGUUUGCCUUGUUGGACAGUUAAUUUUAUAAAGAAACGUAUAUAAAAAUUGUUUAGAUGAAUUGAAUUGGAUUUUAGGAGCUUUUGUACGCAACGUGUAAAAGUUAUGCAACCUGUGAUUAACCAAAUGAAAAAAAAACCAUAUUUGUAAUAUUUAUUUGAAACAAUUGUUACUUGAAUAUUUUACAUUU